AUGACAAAUACCGAUAUAAAAACAAUUACGGAUAGCCUGGAACUCAAAAUAAGGGAAUGUGUUAAACAGGAAAUGUCUACAAUAAAGGAACACUUAACAUCUACUGUAUCCAAACCGACACAACCCUCAUACGCGCAAGUGACUUCAUCACCUGUGCCAUUUAAAGUCCCAAAAACAAAACACACGGCUAUAGUAACAGCCACAAACCCACUCAAAUCGAAGCAUGAGUUACUAAAGUCAUUUCAAGAGGAAGCCAAAUUUAGACAGAACACAUAUGCCCCACACAAAGUUACACCCAUAAAUAACCAGAAUAUAAUAGUAGAAUUUGAGACAGAAGAAAAUAGAAAUAGCAUGAUAAAUAAGUUGGAGGAUUCGACAGGAUUUAAAGUUAAAGCACAAAAUAAACUUAGACCUAUGUUGAUGCUAAAAGGUAUCAAUAAAAAUACAAAUAAGGAAGAACUCAUAGAAAUAAUCAAAAACCAAAACCCGGAUAUAAUGGAGAAGUAUGAGAGUGAGGAGGAUAUAAAAACAAAGUUUUACACAAAUAAUAAAAACAUGGCAUUAUACAAUACAGCUAUAGUGGUUUCGCCGAGCAUAUACGGAGUCUGCAUGGAGAAGCAGCGCAUAAAUAUAGAUUACCAGAGAGUGCAGGUCUCAGAGCAUGUGCCACUGUUGCAGUGUUUCAAGUGUUUGCACUUUAGGCACACGGCCAAGCACUGUAACAAUGAGCUCACCAACUGCUCGCACUGCGCAGCCGGCGACCAUAGUAAUAAAAAUUGUCCCCAUAAAGCUAAUAAAGAUAAAAUAAACUGCUAUAACUGCAAGUCCCACAACGAAAAAUAUAACUUAAAUAAUCCUACAAACCACUCAGCCACAACAGCGUUAUGCCCGCGCAAAGUAGCGGCGGCUGUUAAAGUCAAAUAUAGCAUAAAUUAUGGGAAC